GCUGAGCGGCGCCAACAAGCCAUUUCAAAAUCCGUCUCGUCUCUCUCUCUCCUUCCUCUCUCUUUCGCUUUCUCUCUCACACAGACACACACCGUGCACGGGCUCUUCGAUGGGAGACUCUGGAUGAUCCUUUCCGAGCAGUACUGGGAAAUCGGAAAUGCGCGAGGGUUUAAUCGAUGGAAAGGGAGCCUGACCCGCCGGCCCCGCCACCGGAAUCGAAAUUCUUCAAGCCCAGUCCCGGCGUUCCGAUCAACGUCAACCCGGACUACAUAAAUCUGAGCCGUUCCUUCAACACCUUCUCCACUUGCUCCUCCACGACGUCGUCUUCCUCGUCUUCACCUCCGGACUUGGUCCGCCACAUUCAAGCUGCUUUCAAACGGCACCGUCCUCUAGGGAUGAUGCAGUCUAACGGUAUUAAGCCAAGGAGAGCUGUGGUUCCUCAGCGAGGAACACCAAAAGGAUCGAAUCAUGUACCAACCAAUGACCAGAGUAAAGAGGAUGCUCCCCCAGGUGACAGAUUGAGAGUCUCUGAACAGCAGUCGAAGACUGCUGCCCCGGCCACCGGGUACAAUCAGGAGGACGCCUCAAUUACCCCACCCUCUGAAUGGGGCUCCACUGUUAAUGCACAAAAUAAGAGUAUCGCUCAGAGAGAUCAAUCCAGACUUCAUAUUACAUCUGGAGUUAAUGAUGCAGUUACUUCUUUGGGUGCCGAACCCAGAGCUGCAGUGGCUGAAGUUCAGAGGAAAGUUCAUUUUUCCUCAGAAAAGCUCGCCACGCCAUGUGGGGCUGAUUACGAAAUGGCCACUGGAUCACAUGAUUUGUUGUCUCAUAUGAAUUCACUUGCAUUGGCAGACAUGGAGCAGGAUGUUGGCAAUCAAGUGGAUACUUCUGCUGCUGGGAAUGAAGACUGGCAGCAUCAUAAUUCACAAAACAUGGAAAUAGAUAAUGGGCAUAAGACGGAGGCUGGGGUUUCAUCCAUGGCAGCUAGAGGAACAAUUUCAGGACAGGAGAAACUCCACCAGUUAGAAAACUUUUUUCAGAAUGAUUUGAACAAUGGAAUGACUCAAUCAUCAGUGGUCGGAUCUUCUUGUGUUACUUCAACACUAAUGCACAUUUCUUCAGCUCCUAUGACUGGUUCCACCACUUAUUCCUCGCAACCGCAGAUGGGUAGUAGUCAUUUGGUUUUAGAAUCUGCUCGGGGGGCUGUGGCACAGCAAUCAGAACCUUCAUCGAAAAUUUCUUGUGGUGCAUAUUCUCAUCAGUCGGCUGUGACUUCACAUGUUACUAAUUCGAAUCUUAUACAUGCAGCAGAAGUUGUUGAUAAAUCUUCUGCUCCAUCUAUGGAGGUACAGAACAGUGUGCCAGACAAUCGUAAAGUAGCUGCAGAUUCUUCUUAUAAAGACAACAAUUCAGUCAAAGGAAACACCGGUGGUGAUUCGAGGCCUCAACCAGCAGCCUCAGAAGGGGCAGUAACCUAUGAGAAGUUGGAACAUUCUAAGUCAGAGAAGCCAGAAAGUGGAGCUGGUGGUAAAGCAGCAUCAUCUCGUAAAAAAGGCUAUGAUCCUGAUUUGUUCUUCAAAGUUAAUGGAAAGCUAUAUCAAAGACUCGGCAAGAUUGGAAGCGGUGGAAGUAGUGAGGUCCACAAGGUCAUAUCAUCGGACUGCAUGAUCUACGCCUUGAAGAAGAUAAAGCUUAAAGGACGUGACUAUGGGACAGCGUAUGGAUUCUGUCAAGAAAUCGAAUACUUAAACAGAUUGAAGGGAAAGAGCAACAUUAUUCAACUCGUUGAUUAUGAGGUGACAGAUAAAACAUUGCUUCAGGAUGUGAUGAAUGGUUCUGUUUCGAACAAGGAUAGCAGGGUCAAGGGUGAUGGAUACAUAUAUAUGGUUCUCGAAUAUGGCGAAAAUGAUUUAGCACAUAUGCUUGCUCAGAAAUGGAGGGAAUUGGAUAGUUCUAACGCCAUCAUGGAUGAGAACUGGCUUCGAUUCUAUUGGCAGCAAAUACUGCUGGCAGUAAACACAAUUCAUGAAGAGCGCAUUGUACACUCGGAUCUCAAGCCUGCAAAUUUUCUUCUCGUGAGAGGUUCGCUUAAGCUAAUCGAUUUUGGGAUUGCCAAGGCUAUUAUGAGUGAUACUACCAAUAUUCAGCGCGAUUCUCAGGUUGGAACACUAAGCUACAUGUCCCCUGAAGCAUUCAUGUGUAACGAGAAAGAUGCAGAAGGUAACACUAUAAAGUGCGGUCGAUCAUCAGACAUCUGGUCUCUCGGCUGCAUCCUUUACCAAAUGGUUUAUGGGAGAACGCCUUUUUCGGAGUACAAAACCUUCUGGGCUAAAUUCAAAGUAAUAACGGAUCCGAACCAUAAGAUCGAAUACGAACCCCUUCCGAAUCCUUGGUUACUUGAUCUCAUGAAGAAGUGCCUUGUUUGGGACCGCAACAAGCGAUGGAGAAUUCCUCAACUACUUCAACACCCGUUUCUGGUUCCUCCCGUCCCGCCAUUGGCAUCAGACAAUCAUGCUCCUACAACAUCGACAUUGUUUCAACUGAUUGCUGAAUCGAGUGCCAACGACGAGAAAACUUUGGCUCUAUGCUCCCAACUCGAAAGCAUGGCUAUGGAACCUGACAGCAACUCAGGUAUGUCAAGAGAGCAACUGCGUAGGAAGGUUUCGACACUUUGUUUUCAGCUUGGGGAACGGUUAGCGAACUUGUGAAGAAUUGAGUCGUAAAAUGUUUUUGUUGAUAUUUGGAUAAGACUAUAGUGUGUAUUAUGUAUUUGUAGAAUUUUGGCAAUAAAUUUCAAUUUCUUCUGUCUUGCAAUAUGAGAACAUAAACAUAGGUGAGUUCUUGGACAAGAAUGUGCAUUUUGUUGUACUAUUAUAAGGUAGAAGGGAGGACCAUUUUGUCUCCUGGCCUACUAUGACUAAUGAUCCUUUCCUCCACAGCUUGUAAGAUAUUU